AUAAACGAAAGAAAGAAAGAAAGAAAGAAAGAACGCUUCACUCCAGUUUUACCCUAUGGUUUUACCCUUAUUUGUAUUAAAUGCCAAUGGAAAGACGGCCAAACUGGAUUAUAAGGAUAGAUCAUGUGAUUAAAGAUCAUUCAUCUCCUCCUCUCCUCUUUAAUUAUAACAUGUGUAACACUGGUCACGCGGGCUACAUUUAUUACUGGAUACAUUACAGAUAAAGAAAGGAUAUAUGAGUAUGAAUAGACUGAUAAUUCGAUAUAAAACAAAGCCGGGCAGGGCUGAGUACCACAGUCGGUGUUGGCAUCAUGAGCAGCGGGAGGAACAGGCGAGCUCCAUGCUGGCUCGAGUUAGCAUCGGCCACAUGAUGUUGUUUGUGCCUGAGCCGAACAUGCUUUCUCUGUUUAGUGGUCUGGAUUCAGUCCGUUUCACCGCAGUGUAAACGCGGACACCGGGCUCCUAAAGCCGGGGGGGUUAACGCCAAAAAACAUCGGGAAACUCCAGGCCGCACAUGGAGCCGGGGACCUCGCGUGAAAGUCCGACCGCUGCGGGGGUCCCUAACCCGGCCGGUCUGCGGGAGGAGACUCCGGGGGAGGAGGCGAAGGGUGAAGCGGGAAGCACGGGGAUGCAGAAGCGGAGAGGAGUGGAAGGAGACACCGAGGAGGAGGAGGUGAAAGCGCAGAGGGAGGGUGAUGAAGAUGCUGGGAGUCAGGUUAAAGCUGGAGAGGAGGAAGAGGAUGGUGUUAAACAUGAGGAGGAGCUGGACCCCAGAAUACAGGAGGAGCUGGAGCACCUGAACCAGGCCAGUGAUGAGAUCAACAAGCUGGAGCUUCAGCUGGAUGAUGCCCGGUCCAGCUACAGGAGGAUUUUGACUGACUCUGCCCGGAAACUGAAUGGUCAGGGCUCUCAGCUUGGCGCCUGCAUCGAAAAAGCGAGGCCGUACUACGAAGCUCGCAGACUGGCCAAAGAAGCCCAGCAGGAGACCCAGAAGGCGGCUCUGCGGUAUGAGAGAGCUGUGUCCAUGCACACUGCAGCUCGAGAGAUGGUCUAUGUAGCAGAGCAGGGUCUGUUGGCAGACAGGAACACCAUGGAUCCAACGUGGCAGGAGAUGCUCAACCAUGCUACUGCUAAGGUGAACGAGGCAGAGGAGGAGCGUCUCCGCAGUGAACGGGAGCACCAGCGUGUCACUCAGCUCUGUCAGGAUGCUGAGGCUCGAGUCCAGACUCUGCAGAAGACCCUGAAGAAGGUCAUCCUCAAAUCCAAACCCUACUUUGAGCUCAAGGCUCAGUUCAACCACAUCCUGGAGGAGCACAAGGCUAAAGUGGUUCAGCUGGAGGAACAGGUAUCAAAGGUGAAGACACGUUACUCUGUGGCUCUGAGGAACCUGGAGCAGAUCAGUGAGCAGAUCCACGCUCAGAGGGGGCGGGUCAGAGCCAGCAGGGGGCGCCCUGCCAUCUGCGGGGGGAGGAGCUCCCCUGUAGGAGCCGAGGCUGAGGUCAGAGCGACGAGUGCCGUGCAGGUCAGCAGCUGCGUGGAGGGGGUCGGUGGGAUAGAGAGUGCCUGGGCGGACGGAGAGAAGACUCGACUGUGGGUGGAGCGUCACAGGGAGAGCGGGUGGGGCCAGAGGGAGCGUCUGGAGGUGGAGCAGGCAGGGUCAGACUGCAUAUCCGUCAUCAGCCUGCAGACCAUCGCCUCCGAUCUGGAGAAGUGUGACUCAGUGGAGCACCUGGGGGAGCUGAGCGACGGAGGAGGGAGUGCGCUGGGGGAGGAGUCAGAGCGAGACAGGAAGCUCAAUGAGAGACCAGUCAGCAGGGAGGUGGUGAGAGGGGAGGGCCCUCUGAGGGACAACACGCCCCCACAGAAGGGAAAGGAGGAGGAGGAGGAAGGGGGAGGGGAUAGUAAGGAGAAGCAGGAGAGCUUCACUAAGCAACAUCACAGGAGUGUGAGUCUAUGAGAGGAGGAGGAGGUGAUGAAGAUGCUGUCCUGUGAAGGAUACAGGGCUAUGAGGAGGGUCUGCAGGUAGAUCAGGCACAUACUGAUAGGACUGAUGAGUCUGUACAUGAUGGAUAUAAACAGAGGACACACACACACACACACACACACACACACACACACACACACACACACACACACACACACCAAACUAACACACCAAACACAUACACAUACACACACACACACACACACACACACACACACACACACACACACACACACACACACUCACACACUCACACUGCAGAGUGAGGUCUGCUGCCAAAACUGUUAAAGUGCAUGAAACAGUGUCUCCUUAGAAACGGAGCAAACAUAGGUUUAUGUUUAAUUCAUGCUCGUCCCUGCAGAGUCCAUCAGUGUAUCAGCCUCACUCAGCAGCAGCUGGACCGAGCUGCAGUGACUCCUGCAGACGUCACAGAGGACAUACAGUGAACUUUACGUGCACACUCUUUCUUCUAGACGUAACAUAAUCCAUGUCCACCUGCAGGGUCAUCAUCUCAGCUGUACAUUCAUCACGUUUGUUUGAACUGGAAACAUUUCACAUGCUUUACUGGAAACAACCCUCUGUUAACAUGUUCACAUGAUGAGAUGUCAAAUGUUUAGACUGAAAUAACAUCAUGAACUCUGCAGCUUAGUGUCAAAAACAUGAUUUCACAACUGCGGUCACAAGGACAACCAGAGUUCAGCUCUCCUCCUCAGUCCCUGACUCACCUCUCCACUGAUCUGCAGAAAAUCAACAUGUUUCCUGUGUUUCUGCUCACUAACAGAUAAUCUGUCAGAAUAACCCUCUCUCGGUGGGUGUGCAGUAUCGAGGGCAGCAAAGAAUACAACAGAGAUAUUUAUUGAUCACAUACAAAGAUCUGUGAUGACACCACAGGUUAGGACAUUUAAAUAAAGAGAGUUUAUUCAGCUCUUCAUCAGGAUGGAGGGGGAAAGUUUAAAGUUACUGUCCUUUAAUUUUAUCUCUAUAAAAAAAAACUUUAUUUAAAAAUAACGAGGCCAAAAGCUACUCCCCCGUUGCCUUAUAAAGAGGGACUGUUGUCUCCAGCUGUGUAUGAUUAAAUGUAAAUAUGUAUUUAUGAUAUUAUUUAAGCCCAGUUUGAUGGAGGAGGUGAGGAGCAGCAGAGAUUACUUUAACUUUAAUGACUUUAAUGACCUUUACAUAAAAACAAAGCUUCUUAUUGAUCCAGUUUACUGGUUGGAGGAUGAAACGCAGACACUGAGGAUGUUUAGCUUUACACAGGACCGAUCUGUCACACCUCGGCCUCUGGCUUCACGGCAGUCCGUCCAAAUGUACUCCUGGUGAGACUGAAAGGUUCAGGCUGUUACUGGAGCAUCCCAGACCCUGAUGUGAUAAAUAUGAUCCCAGUUUAACAGGUGACAGGAGGUGACAGAACAGCCAACUCAUGAUUCAAUAUAACUCAUGAUGCUGGGUUCAGGAUGAUUUAUUUGAGGUGUAAGUAACUCAGCUCAUGAUCACACUUUAGAGAGGAGACUGACUCCUAAAGCUGUUAUCAGUGAUACUUUAAUUUAGACAUUUUUUUAAGUGCUUCAUGCUUAGAUUACCUAAUACUGUUUGAUAACAAAUGUGCUUUAUUUUGAAAGGGCACAAAAGUACUUCCUGCAGGUGUUAAAGUCAGAGGAGUGAAUGAAAACAGCAGAAAGAUGGAUCAACAGUUACAAAUGUCAGAUGUAUUAGCGCCCCCUUUUGAGACAUUACAAUGUUGUAACGUUGUCUGUUACGUCUCUACGUCUCUCUCUUUGGUCUAAUGGUUAAAUCACGUGCCCAUGAAGCUGUUGGCCCAGGUUUGAUUCCAGCCUGCCAUUCCCCCACUCUCUCUCCCAGUUUAUAGCUCUGUCCACUGUCCUCCCCUCUCUAAUGAAGAUGCAGAAGCCCCAAAAAUAUAACUUCAAAAAAGAGAGAGAGAUCGACCGCUAGCUUAUAAUUGAUGUCGAUCAUAUGUUAUGGAGAAAAUAAAAAUGUUAGAUGGAGGUCUAAUCUCCUUCGUUAGGCCAUCCAGGUAUCAUCUGUGUGAGGGAAACACUGGCGGAGCAUCAGCUGUAAAAUCUCCACCUGCUGCCUCCAUGUCUGCAUACCUCUAUUCAGCCAACAACAGAAAGAUGUGAUGAUGUCCAACAACAGAAGUUGAGGGCAGACAGUGCCCUCUGCUUUUUAAAAGGGAUCGCUGUUCGUAGCUCAUCUCACUGAUUUGUCUCGUCUUCUACAUGCAUGGAUUUGAACUCUCUUACAUACAGUCCCGUCCUUAUUAACAGACAAAUAUCAGCUCAUCUCUGAGGGCCGUCAGCGUCCAGGUGAGCUGCGGUUACCUGACAACAAUAUGGCAGACAGCAGCUGACAGUACAGACAUCUCCUGUCCUCAGACUGAUAUUAAAGGCUGUCCAAUGAGAGAGGAGCGCUGUCAUAGAGACAUUUUACAGCUUGAUCCAUGAUUCAGUCUGAUUACAUGAGUCCAUCAUGAUGUUUGUCUGGGUGUAGUUAUUUAAUGUGCUGAUUUAAAAACAGUUUCACAGAACAGUUACUACAAACAAUGCUAUGAGGGAUUUAUAAAUGGUGUCAUCAUGUAGUUUGUGCAGCAGAGGGCGCUCUGACUCUAUGCUUUACUGUCCUCUCAGCACUGUCUGUAGCACAAGAAGAAGAGCAGACCAGUCACAGCUGAGCAGGAGCAGGUUGGAAAUGGACCAGGAUGUUAAAUAUACUUUAAUGAUGGUAAUAAUUUAUGUGACAGUCCUUUGAGUGUGUUUGCAGUCAUGAUGGUACAAACUCCACUUUAAAGGUUCUUAAAUAGAUAUAAAUAUACUGAAUCAGCUGCUUCAUCUCAGAAAUCUUUCCUCUGAAAUGUGUCACAAACGUUCAUACUAUUUGAACCCAGACAUAUUCAACUGUUUCAUCUGAAGAGAUAACAAAAGUUAGAUUAUUUUAUGCAUUCAAGACAAAAAAACAAUUGUUUGAUAGAUGAUUAUCAGAUCAUUCAAACUUUCUAAAACAGCUGACUGACAUGAAACUGGAGGCCUGUUCGUCCUUCACAGAAAGCCAUAAACCAGUUAAUGCCUAAAUAUGAUCAAAGUGUUUGAUAAGCUGGUGAUUUAUUUAAAGUGCCUAAGAGUCCUGAUCAAGUUUGUUCAGCCAAAAAAGAUCCCAGCGUUAACGAAUCAUAGAGGAGAGUGUCAGAUAUCUACUGUAACACUGACGGAGGUGUAAAGUUAUUUAACAGAGGAUCCAGAGUUUAUAAAAUAAGUUCAUCUAGAGAGCUAACUGUAUGCUGCAGUCAUAAUGAUUGUAUUAAAGGUGGACUCUGCAGGAAGUGUCUCACUCUGAGGAUGGAUGAUGUUUUCUAAAAGUGAUGUGUGAGAUAUUUAUACAUGUGUGAGUCCAGAGUUUCAGGUGGAAGAUAAUUCCAGUGUGUAACUCCUGCUGUUAAUGAGCUGAGCUGUUUGAACUUGACUUUGUGGAUGAAUUAAAAGAGAAAUGUGUUAAAAUGUGUUA